AUGCCGCCAGGUGAAGAGGAAGAGCAAUUUUUGAUGAGCUCAACUAGCCCGACAGAAACUCACCCUAAAGAGCAAAUCUCGACUGGAAAGCAAUCCAAUGCCUCCAUCGUUUAUGGGACUUUCUUCGGUGCCUUUCUGGCAAGUGCCGAUGAGUCGAUUAUGGUGUCGACGUUUAGCUCCGUUGCAUCGGAAUUUGAUCGUCUUUCAGAGGGCUCGUGGUUGGUGGCCGCUUAUAAUUUUGGAUAUUGUAUGUCCUUGCCGGUUUAUGGUCAUUUGAGCAAUGUUUACAGUCGCAAGAAUAUUCUUCUCUGUUCAUAUGUUCUAUUCGCUCUCUCGUGUCUUGCUUGCGGUGCUAGCUCUUCACUCUACUGGUUGGUGCUAGCAAGAGUGUUUGCAGGUCUUAGUGGUGCAGGAAUGGUUUUGCUUAUCUCGAUAGUCAUCAGCGAUGUGAUGCCAGCGGAAGAUGUUGCCCUCUUUCGAAGCUACGAGAACCUAGUGUGCAUCGUUGGUCGCAGCCUAGGAGCUCCUAUCGGCGGCUUUCUCUUGGACACAAUCGGAUGGCGAUGGUCAUUCUACGGCCAGGUUCCACUGGCAUUAGCCUGCAUCCUGUUUGCAGCUCUCAACCUGCCACGCUCAAUGACUAGAGCGGAGUCUAAGUCACAGACGCCAUCGUCUGCCUCUGGAAUUUGUGACAUUGAUUUUGCCGGGCUGUUUAGUCUUGCUUCUACGGUGCUUUCUAUCUUGUUCCUGCUCCAGGCAGCGGGGGCACAAACGAUAGAUCAUCCUGAGUGGGUAUACGCUACUUUGGUCAUACUUUUAGUGUCCAUUGUUACAUUCAUCGCGAUAGAGCUUUUCUGGGCACAGGACCCCUUGGUACCUAUGGAUCUGAUGGGCAAAACUUUUGGGGCUUAUUGCCUGGGCCAGGUGGUGUUGGUUAUGGGACGCUCUGUGGUCAUGAGCAGUCUCGCACCGUACUUUAUACGCGUCGAAAAUUCAUCAGAUCUUGGUGCGUCGAUGCUAUACAUCCUCUUUUCUCUCGGUGUGUCUAUCGGAGGAAUAGUAUCCGGCCUUAUAAUUAAGAGAACCAAACGAUACAAGAGCAUGACACUUAUUGCGCUAGGAGUCUGUAUGAUGUCAACGCUGGCAAUUUUCUUUCAAUGGCGAGACGGCUGCACCAUUUGGGAGACAUUGAUCUUGCUUCCUAUGGGCACCACAUUGGGUGUUUUCUACUCGACGCAGUUCAUUGGCAUGUCUGCAAGUUUACCAAAGAGUCGCCAAGCGGCGGGUUUUGGGACGUACUACGUAUACCAACAGCUUGGAUUUAUAGCGGGACCGGCAGUAGGGCUGUCUAUGGUGCAAGGGCUCUUUAACCAGAGCCUCGAGCAAAACUUGCUGGAUAGUCAGAGGAAAGAGCUGAUUAUUGGAAAGAUUCUUGAUGACUCCAGAUUCUCUAGGAAGCUGCCACAACCGAUGCAAGAGGUUGUUCGAUCCAGUUAUCUAUAUGCCUUCCAAUUUGCGCCCUCCCUCUCACGGGGCCUCCCCGCGUCACGUCGCGCCACCCCGACCAUCCUAGCUUCGAAAUCCUGCCUCGAUCGUUCACACUCCGUGGCAACACCUUCUUUCUACCGGUCGCUAUCAUCUCUACCGAAUCUGUCACUCUUCCGAGCCCUUCAGGACCACGAUCGAUCCAGCUUGGCCGUCGUCCACAGCGCGUCGUCGCGUUCCUUCACCUACGGAAAUUUGGUCGCAGAUGUGCUUCUCGCGCAACAGCAGCUGCGCCAGUCGGCCGGCGGUCAUAACGAUGCUCUGUCCGGAGAGAGGGUCGCAUUUCUUGCGGAGAACAGCUACGACUACGUAGUGACGCUUCUUUCCAUCCUCGCGAACGAUGCGAUUGCCCUUCCUCUCUCCCCGGCCUUUCCUAUCGCCGAAUUGCAGUAUAUCAUGGAUAAUUCACGUGCAAAGGUGCUUGUUGCCACUGAGAAGUACGCGGAUAAAGCUCAGAAUAUCAUGAAGGCGGGGUUGGAUCGAGAGCCUAUCUUGAACGUGCGGGAGAAAACCACAGCCGGAGCGAACAUCUCCGUGGAUGUCACAUUGGAGGACUACACACAGACACCCAAGGGUGGAAUGAUGCUGUAUACUUCCGGGACGACCAACAGACCGAAAGGUGUGCUGAUUCCUCAAUCUGCGCUCACCGCGCAAGCGGCUUCGUUGCUGGAGGCGUGGAAUUAUACCCCGGAAGAUCGACUCCUCCAUCUCCUUCCGUUGCAUCAUAUCCACGGAACUGUGAAUGCUAUCGUGGCUCCUGUCCUUGCCGGAUCGUCAAUUGAGUUCAUGUUCCCAUUCAACACGGAUGCCGUGUGGAAGAGACUUGCCGCUCCAUUUUUACCAUAUAGUACGCCGACAAGCAAGAUAUCGUUCCUAACAGCCGUUCCGACUAUCUAUAAUCGACUAUUAUCGUCAUUCUCUAAUUUAUCCCCCGAGCUCAAAGAGGCUGCUAGGAAGGGGAUCUCUCCCGAGAACCUUCGCCUCAACAUCUCCGGCUCGGCGGCUUUGCCAACCCCGACGAAGCAGGCGUGGCAAGAUCUUAGCAAUGGCAACGUUCUCCUAGAGCGUUACGGCAUGACAGAAGUUGGAAUGGCUAUCAGCUGUGGCCUAGACUUUGGGGACCGUAUCGACGGCAGCGUUGGCUGGCCACUACCGUCUGUGGAAGCCAGACUGGUAGACGCAGACACGAAUCAAGUUAUCAAUCCUGGCGAAGAGCUGGAUGAGAACGGCCGUGAACGGGAAGGCGAAAUCCAACUUCGCGGCCCUACCAUCUUCCGCGACUACUGGGCCAACGAGAAAGCCACGCAGGAGGCAUUCGUCGAUAGCGAUGAUGGCAAGGGAAAAUGGUUCAGGACCGGCGACGUUGCGACGCGACGCGUUGUCGAAGAUGCCGGCAAAGGCGCCAGUGGAGAGUGGGCGCGAGGACCGAUGUACUUCAUCCAGGGACGACAAAGUGUGGAUAUAAUUAAGGUCGGUGGGGAGAAAGUCAGCGCGCUCGAGGUGGAGAGGGAGUUACUUUCCCUUCCUCAGAUUGCCGAAGCUGCGGUGGUUGGCCUUCCAUCUGAGCAAUGGGGCCAAAGAGUCGCUGCGAUCGUUGUUCUGAAGAAUGCCGAAAGAACUGCCACUAGUCGCAAUGGCAAAUCCUGGGGUCCGAUGGAUAUGCGAAGGGCACUGAAGGACCGGCUGGCAGCUUAUAAGAUGCCACAGGAAAUGAAGAUUCUCGAUAAGCCGAUUCCGAGAAAUGCCAUGGGAAAGGUUAAUAAAAAAACACUCGUCAAAGAGGUCUUCGAACAGCUUAACCUGAUCCUUCGUGCCAUUGAAACUUCUGCGGCCUUUACCGAUUGCAAGCAUCAUCUCCGAUUCAAAAAACGCCAUCAAUCAAUCCACAGCAAGCGAUACUUCGAAAUCAUGGCGCGGACUCUCGCCCUUCUCGCGCUCCUCCCUCUCAUCACCGCGCAACAGAUUGGCAGCAUCCCCGAGGUUCACCCUCAACUAACCACCUACCACUGUACGCGUCGCAAUGGCUGCGUGAAACAGAACACUUCCAUCGUGCUCGACGCGGCCACGCACCCCAUCCACCAAGUCGGAACCAACACCUCCUGCACCAACGCCUCCGGCCUUGACUCCUCCAUCUGCCCCGAUAAAGAAACCUGCAGCCAGAACUGCGUCGUCGAGGGCAUCACCGACUAUAGCAAGUACGGCGUGCAGACCAGUGGCUCUCGCAUGACCCUUCGCCAGUACCUCCGCGAUGCCAGCACCAACCAAACCCGCUCCGUCUCGCCGCGCGUCUACCUUCUCGCUGAGGACGGCGAAUCCUACCACACGCCCUCCCUCUUGAACCAGGAAUUCGCCUUCGACGUCGACGUCUCCACCCUCGUCUGCGGUAUGAACGGCGCACUCUACUUCUCUGACAUGCUUCCAUCCGGCGGCCGCAGCGACCUCAACCCCGCCGGCGCCACCUACGGCACCGGGUACUGCGACGCCCAAUGCUACUCCACCCCGUGGAUCAACGGCGAAGCGAACAUCGCCGACCGCGGCUCCUGCUGCAACGAAAUGGACAUCUGGGAAGCGAACGCCCGCGCUACAGGAUACACCCCUCACUCGUGCAACACGACCCGCCUGUACGAGUGUACUGGCACAGAAUGCGGCGACGCUGGCGUCUGCGAUAAGCCCGGCUGCGGAUUCAACCCGUACGCGCUCGGCGCUAAAUCCUUCUAUGGCUACGAUAUGACCGUCGACACCACUCGCCCGUUCACUGUCGUCACGCAAUUCCUGACCAAGGCCAACACCUCUACUAGUGCGCUCUCUGAGAUCCGUCGUCUGUAUGUCCAAUCUGGCCGCGUGGUCCAGAACGCCGUGGUCCAGGUCGACGACGGGGAGAUCGACUCUCUUACCGAGCCGUUCUGCAAGGACACUGCCUCCGCGUUCACUCGUCUCGGUGGGAUGAAGCAGAUGGGCGAGGCGCUGGGUCGGGGUAUGACUCUUGCUUUCAGUAUCUGGAAUGACUCUGGCUCGUUCAUGCAGUGGUUGGAUGGGGGUGAUGCGGGCCCGUGCAAUGCCACCGAGGGAGAUCCGAAAUUGAUUGAGAAGCUGUACCCGGAUACGAAGGUGACAUUUGCAAAUGUGCGGUGGGGAGAUAUCGGGGCUACUUAUGGAAGCAAGACGGGGCUGUGA